UCCUCCGCCGCCCGUCGAACCACCCGCCGGAAAGAAAGCCCGAGGAGGAGGAGGAGGAGAGAGAUGACCGGAAGGCCCAAACAGUGAGCCUUAUCCAUCUCCAUCUCCAUCACUCCUUCCGCGUGGAGUCGUGGUAGGGUAAGGCGGCGCGGCCCGGUCCACCCAGCACCCACGAGGGGAAACGUGGAGGAGGAAGAGGCGAUGUGCGGCGGCGGCGACAAGCUCGUCCUGCGGGGGCUGCAGUUCCACGGCUUCCACGGCGUGAAGCAGGAGGAGAAGACGCUCGGCCAGAAGUUCGUCGUCGACGUCGACGCAUGGAUGGACCUCACCGCCGCCGGGGAGUCCGAUAACGUCGCCGACACCGUCAGCUAUACCGACAUCUACAGGAUAGCUAAGGGGGUCGUUGAAGGCCCGCCGCAUAAUCUCUUGGAGUCAGUGGCUCACUCGAUCGCAAAGGCCACGCUGCUCAAGUUCCCUCAGAUCUCCGCCGUCCGUGUGAAGGUUGGCAAACCUCAUGUCGCGGUGCAAGGCGUUCUGGACUACUUGGGUGUGGAGAUCAUGAGGUACAGGAAAGCAUGAGCCGAACAACGUACUUGCUCUGAAGCACAAUUGAGCGAUUUCUGUGUGUCCAAUAUACUGGACAUGUGGAGCCAAACACAGUUUGGCGGUGAUAGUGGUGUUGGUCUUGUUAUUGUAGUGAUAAGCCACACUUGUGCACAUCAUGAUUGAUGGGCAAGAUAAUUUGGAUGUGCAAUUAUGUUUAGCACAAAUUGAAAUGAGAAUCGUAUUCUUGCAUUUUUAGCUCAGCUCAAACUCAUUUCUUGUAGGGGUCCCUGUCCUAGUAUAUGGUAGUAUAAGCUACCAGUGCAUCUAGUUGUACAGAAGUGUUGUGUAAAGUGAAUUCUGAUUCCAUUUGGUUGUUGCAAGAAUCUCC